AUGAGCCACCUCGCAGCUGUGUCCGUAGCCCAGGGCCAGCCUCUGCAAGUCCAGAGCCGGUCCACGCCAAAGCCCGGCCCAGGCGAGCUGCUCCUCGCCGUGAAAUCGGUCGCGCUCAACCCCGCCGACACACUCAUGCGCGGCACCGGCCUCUUUAUCCCACGCUAUCCCACCAUACUCGGAUUCGACGUCGCGGGGGUCGUUCUCGAGGUUGGCGACGGCGUCCCGACCAACCCGGCCGACAACGAGCACGGCGUCUUCUUCGUGGCGGGCGUCACAAAGGUGGCUGCCUACAGCGGCGCCGUCUGGGCGGGCUGCGACCCCAACUACGGCGUCUUUCAGGAGCGCUGCCUCGUGCCCUGGCAGCACGCGGCACCCCUUCCAGCUGCCUUUUCUUCAUGGCACCGCGCAGCGACACUACCUGUUUCCGUACAGGUGCCGCUCUGCGCGUGGGAUGCGCUCGGGCUGGCAUCUGCAGAGUCCGGUGCCGCGGCGGCAGGAGAGAAGGAAGCCCUUUUAAUAUGGGGGGCCUCAUCCAGUGUCGGUACCAUGGGCGUACAGCUUGCGCGGUCGGAGAAAGACAGAGGUUCUAGGAUUGGGGCUGUCUACGCCACAGCGGGCACGGCGAACCAUGCCUACGUGAAGUCGCUGGGUGCAGACCGCGUCUUUGACUACAAAAGUGCAGAGGUAGUGGACUCAGUCGUAUAUGCGGCUAAGGAAGAUGGCUUGGUGAUUCGUCACUGCUUCCUUGCUACAGGAGACGUGGCACUGUGCCAGGCGGUGCUGUCGGCUUCAGGCAGGACGGUGGCGAACGGCGGUGGAAAGAUUGCUUCCGCGCCAGUUGUGCCUCUUGAGACCGAGGAGGUGGAUGGAGUGCAAGUCAUAUUUCUUGUGCCCUCGUUGGAUAAGAUGGAGAGAUUGGCGCAGUUCCAGAGGUGGAUGGCUCAGCUGAGCGGGUAUGUGGCGGCAGGCGUCAUCAAGCCAAGCCCGGAGCCAAAGGUUGUUGGUACAGGGUUGGAAAGCAUCAAUGAUGGCUUGGAUACAUUAUCCCAGGGAGUCAGCUGCUCAAAGCUUGUUAUCCAGAUUGCAGGCUGA